AAAAAAAAAAAAAAAAUUAAAAAAUUAAAAAGAGAGAAAAUUAAGAGAAAUCGAACCCCCAAAUAAGGAAAUUCUGACAGAGUCGCCUGCUAGAUUUGUUUUUUUUUUUUCUCUUUCUCGUCAUCUCUCUUCCUCUCUGUAACCCAACCGGAGUUACGAUUCCCUCUUAUCGUAACUCCUGCUUCCGAUCUCGAUCCACUUUCCAGUUUUGUUUUGUCGGACGGUAAUCAUUUCCCGGCUCUUUUUUGCGAUUCCACAAAAGGGAAGGAGGAAUAAGCAAAAUUUUGAUUGGAUUCCGUUUUUGGGGGUGUUAGUGAUCUUAUAGAUGAAGUGAAAAAAAAUUUGAUUAUUGAGGGGAUUAUGUGAGUUAUGGUAUCAUCGGCAACUAUUUUGCGGAUGGUAGCACCAUGUUGGAGGCGACCUUCUGUCAAGGGAGAUCAUUCUACUAGAAAUGACGCUAAUGGACGAUGUGAUGGUCUUCUUUGGUAUAAAGAUUCUGGUAACCAUGUUGCUGGAGAGUUCUCUAUGUCUGUCAUUCAAGCUAAUAAUCUUCUUGAAGAUCAUAGCAAGCUUGAGUCUGGACCCGUUAGUAUGUUUGAUUCUGGUCCUCAAGCUACUUUUGUUGGUGUCUAUGAUGGUCAUGGAGGUCCUGAAGCUGCCCGUUUUGUUAAUAAACACCUCUUUGAUAACAUCAGGAAGUUUACAUCAGAGAAUCAUGGGAUGUCUGCCAAUGUUAUAACCAAAGCUUUUUUAGCUACGGAAGAAGAUUUUCUUUCUCUUGUGCGGCGGCAGUGGCAAAUUAAACCACAGAUUGCUUCUGUUGGAGCAUGUUGUCUGGUAGGGAUCAUAUGCAGUGGAUUGUUGUAUAUUGCAAACGCUGGAGAUUCUCGGGUUGUUCUAGGAAGAUUGGAAAAAGCGUUUAAAAUUGUCAAGGCCGUUCAGUUAUCGUCUGAACACAACGCAAGUCUUGAAUCUGUGAGAGAGGAAUUGCGCUCGUUGCAUCCAAAUGAUCCUCAGAUUGUGGUCUUGAAGCACAAAGUUUGGCGUGUCAAAGGUAUUAUACAGGUUUCACGGUCGAUUGGUGAUGCCUACUUAAAGAAAGCAGAAUUCAACCGGGAACCGUUGUUGGCAAAGUUCAGAGUCCCUGAGGUUUUCCAUACGCCCAUCCUUAGAGCAGAGCCAGCAAUUACAGUACACAAAAUCCAUCCAGAGGAUCAGUUUCUUAUAUUUGCAUCAGACGGCUUGUGGGAGCACUUAACCAAUCAAGAAGCUGUUGACAUUGUGAACACAUGCCCACGCAAUGGGAUUGCAAGGAAGCUAAUAAAAACAGCUCUAAGAGAGGCAGCAAAGAAGAGAGAGAUGAGAUAUUCGGAUCUAAAAAAGAUCGAUAGAGGAGUGAGGAGACAUUUUCAUGAUGAUAUAACAGUCAUAGUUGUGUUUCUUGAUUCACAUCUCGUCAGUCGGAGUACCUCACGCCGACCUCUCCUCUCCAUCUCAGGUGGUGGUGACUUGGCUGGACCUUCCACUUGACUCAACUCUCACCACAAUCUAUAUAUAUUUUAUAUAUACAUUAUCCACUAUAUAUAUAUAAACACAUUGCAAAGCGCAAUUCAAGUCCCUUCUUAUUUUUUCUCUAUAUAAAAAAUUUCCUUUUUAACUCUGCUUUUUAUUCAUCCCAAAAAAAAAUUGAAGAGUUGGAAUCCAAUGUAUAGGUCUUUUGGCAAACUGAGUUUAUUAUGGAUAAUAUAAAGAGAUGUCACUUGUUGGAAAGAUU